AUCGAGAAACGUUCGCUGCACUUUUGUUUAAUAUCGUUUUGCUGUUCGAAUUAUUUCGAACUAUAAUUGAUGGGUCGCGGGUUGUCUUACUCGGUCUAUAAUUCAAGUUUUAGCGGCUAGAAUAAACUACUAGAUCGGUAAGUCGCGUCGGUAACUUGUACGCAGCGCUGACGACAUGCACUCAGCGUUUCGUGGCAUUUCGUGAAACUGAUGUUUAAAAUGGCGACGUGGAGUAAGGUUUUACUCUCAGCGGGGCAAAAUUUCAUCAAAAACAAUGGAUUACUGAGAAAAACAGUGCCAAAUUAUGGUGUUAUCAACCGCAUGGCUCAUGACCGUAAGAUGGUCAUAGAACCAACUCGUUGGCAGUGGCAUAAAACAAAAGAUUGGUUUCACUUCUACUUCUUUGUUGCGGCUAUACCACUGACUUUAAUAAUAUCUUAUUGCAAUAUCUUCAUAGGACCAGCUACAUUAGAGCCAAUUCCAGAAGGCUAUAUUCCCAAGCAUUGGGAGUAUUUUAAAUCACCUAUCACGAGAUGGCUUGCAAGAUACGUUUAUCCGCAACCUCAGAUGUUAUAUGAGCAGAGUAUAGACGUAUUAGUAAGGCAAGAAGAAAGGAGAGCCCUAAAAGUGUUGCAAGCCAGAAUUGAAGACUAUAUCAAGGAAUAUCAGAAUUACCCGUUGUUCUCUUAUACCAAAUCAAUGUAUGCUCGCGACAUUGUUGAAUACAGAAAAUUAAGAGAAAAUGUUUGAAAUAUCUUUUGUCUAUAUUGUAGAAUGAUUGGUAUGUUGUGUCAAUGAAUUAAUGGACUAUUCUAACAACAUUACAGAGAAAUAUUAGUUCAAUAAAAUGAAGUACAGUAA